AUGUCUUCCGAACCGUCCUUACUGCAAAUGCCAGAUAUCGUACUCACAGAAAUUGUCAAGAAGUGUGAUUAUCCAUCUAUACAAUCACUGCGAAAGGUGUGUCGUGACCUCCGGAAUAUAGUUGAAGAUGUCAACCCGGAAUUCCAUUUUACAGAUGUUUAUAUCAUGCAUACAUUAUAUCUGAUUUUAACCUUCAACAAUACGGAAUGUAUAAUUUACCCAGAAGGAAAGAGAGUGUCAAUUUGCUACAAAAACAAUGGAUUGAAUUGCAUUGUGUUUAUGUUGAAACCAAUUUGGAACGAACCUGAUCCUUUAGUCAACACAAAUUCCAUCGACCGCUUCUGCGCCGACUUUGCAAUUGCCAUGAGCUCAGAAAAAUCAAUAAUUCAAAAACUUGCUGUGAAUUUAUCAACUCCAGAAGACGAAUCGAUCUGUAAUGACCAUGCAUAUCUUGUAAAAAGCUUAAAAUCAAAAAUUUCGCUUCUCAAAGUGCAAAAACUCGAGUUGUCUCUCAGAAAGAACUCGCAUAUCAUUGAUUUUCUGCAACUUCUCGAUCCGAAUUAUUUGCAAACUAUCCAAAUAACUAGUUUUUCUGAAGAGGAACCACUAGCGGAUAUCGAUCGAAUCUCUAAGCUGGAACAGUUCAAAAAAGCAAAGGAACUGGUUGUUCAUUUGCAUUUUAUCACUACUCCCUUCGAAUAUUUCAGUCAUUUCGAGAAAGUGACAGUUUGGUAUAGAACUGUCACUAUGGAUAUGUUGAGAUCAUUGGCACAGGUUUGUCCGGAUGUCCAGAUGUCUGACUUAUUGAUUGUUUCAGAUGAUCUUCACAUCUUCUAA